AUGAUAUUUGCGCUCUUCUUCUCCGCCACCGCGAUUUAAUCAACACACGGUCCAGGUCUUGUGCAUGUCCGGACUGAUCCUGCUAUCUCCCCUAUAGGUCUUGGAUGAACGAACUUCCUCCACUCCCCCGAAUUUUCCGGCCCAGCAAACUCCCAACACAGCUCAUUGUUCAUGGUUGGAAUUAUGGAAAUUGUUUCGAUAUAGACUGCCUAAGAUCCGAGCUGCUUCAACUCUUUGAUCGGCGCGGAAUUCAGUUCUUCAAAGAGCACAGACGCCCUUCACCGCAUUUUGGCUUUUCUUUGAAUCGCAUAGUGUCACUUCAUGAUGCCCUUUUCCCACAACCUGUUAAAUCAGGGCCGUCUGGUUCACGUCUCUCAUACGGAGAUGCCGGAGCCCACUGAUCGUAUACAGUCCGAUCCUAUGACGGCCUCCCCAAAGUCAUUGCCUUGCCGUGUCUCUGAGGAGAGCAUCAGGACUGAAUUUUGCGAGGGACCAGUCGACAGCCCGUAUAGCCCAGCCACUCCUGAGAGGAAGCUCCCCAGUGCCUUGACCUACGAUCGAGCUGAGCUCAUGCAUCUCUUAAAGAGGACAGAAAGUCCAAAUUGGGUGCCCGGUCGCCAUCUUGAGUCACGGCUCUAUGAAGACGAAGUACAGCCAUCCCAACAGACACCUCAGACGUUAAUUUUAAACGGGUCAUGCUUGCUUUCCUCACCUGCAAUUGCUCAAGAGAAGCAAGAUGGUGAAUGGAGCCAAUUUGACGUAAACACUGCUGGACAGCUCGAAUCGGGGCUUGACAUCGAACGCCCACGCUCUGCCCUUCACAGCGGAGAUUUUACGCCAGACAAUCAAACUUCCGAUGGACACGACAGACAAGACGCUUCUCAACCACGGAAAUCCCAAGACUUUGGGAACUUCAAAGACUCAUGGGCCUCCAGAGAGCCUACGCCGUGGCCCUUUCCACAGAAGGCAAUGGAUUAUAGAAAGGAGGCCUUUGGUUCACCCUCUUCCUCGGUUUCUUCAUCUCUCUCCACAAGUUUUGCUUAUAAACUCCCCACCAGUCCUCUAGUACAUACAGAAAGCCGCGAGGAUAUUGAAUCAGAGACAUCUUCGGACGGGAUCAUAGCCGGAUCCCCCAGUUUGCGAAGGCAUACAAUGAACUGGGCUCCAGGUUGUCCUCUGAGCCACGGAGGAAUGUUGAGGCAUACACCGCCACACAGGGAGCGUACACUUCCGUGCCAAGCACAUCAACCUCGCCGUUCAUUAGCGUCGCUCUCCGGCCUUUCGAUACCAAGCUCUUCCCCUCAAACGCCUUCCAUGUGUCGGUCAAGGCGUCUAUCUCACAGCUCUGAAGGUUCUCCCUUACAGCAUGCAUCUAUGGUUGGAUCUUAUGAAGAAAGUAUUCUCAGGGGACGAAUGUCAACAACGCCUUCCAAACCCUUGGAGUUCGUGGCGCAAAUCGGUGUCCUAGGUAUCGGGAAAUGCAAACUGAAUUUGCGUUGCCCAUCCCACGUCACUCUGCCAUUUUCAGCUGUCUUCUAUCGUUAUUCCAGUACUGUUCAUGGCAGGAGUAGAGGGGAUGAUGGACCGAGUCCCUACGUGGGCCAAAUCGACUUAGAGAACGGAUUGCCGAAUCCAGAGGAAUCGCAACGGUCCAAACGAAAACAAGAAUCAAGGCAUGCCGGACAAAAAUCACCUGAUGGCGACCACAUUGUUCAUGAUAUUGGGGACGAAGCUUCAGGGGGCGAUGGUCAGAGAUUCGAAAAGAACAAGAAAACGUCACGAUCUCACAAAUCGCCUCCUGGAGGCUCAUACCGCAUUCCAGAGAAGGGACAACUCCAAAUUGUCAUCAAAAACCAGAACAAAACAGCUGUCAAACUCUUUCUGGUUCCAUAUGAUUUGACAGGCAUGGAAGCGGGCACAAAGACGUUCAUCCGCCAGCGGAGUUACUCUGCAGGACCCAUCAUUGACGGCCUUAAGAGUACAGUGCCGGACGGCCCUCCUAUUCUUCGAUAUUUGAUCCAUCUUCAUAUUUGCAGCCCGUCAAAAGGUCGUUUUUAUUUGUACAAGGACAUCAGGGUCGUAUUUGCCAAUCGGGUUCCAGAUGGCACCGAGAAGCUUCGUAAUGAAGUCACGUACCCAGAGCCGCGGUACAUGCCAUACAGAGCAUUGCGAACAAGCAACUUGUCGUCUACUCCAACAAAUAACUCUGUUGCUCCAAAACCGUCACAGCAUGCUCCGGGUUUGGCUGCCGACAGACAUGAUGAGAACCAAUCCGACAUCCGUCAACCAAGUCAAGACGCAGAAUAUCUCAAAAAUUGUCUCCAUUUCCCCCGACCCACAGCCAUGGCAGCCGGUAGUGAUGCCAUGACCAGACUAGCGCUGACGGGACCUCCAGCUCUGUUGGGUAGAUACGACAAGCUCAACAGGGGAGACGUUGGAUAUGGCGGUAAUCCUUUCGGCCAUGUUACAAACUGGCGCCCUGGGUCAGCAGAGAGUCUUCUUUCAAAGCGGCUUCGGUCAUUGGGUGUACAGAGUCUCGUGACGGAUGAUGGUGUAGAAGAUGUGGUCAAUGGACCGAUCAGCACAUCAAGGGAAUGACUGGAGAA